AAAGUAGGUGAGUUCUGGGGGCCUCGCCCACGGCUCCCCGGGUGCCAUCUUGAUUCCCCCAGAGGGCGGGAGGGGCUUGCUUGGGUGCGACUGGGCGGAGGUGACUUGGAAGUUUGCUUCUCGGAUUGUAAUACUAGUCCUUACCUGGCGUCCCGCCCUGAGUUUAGAUUAUGGAGGAUACACAGGCUCUUAACUGGGACAUUGAAGAAGACGAGGAGACAGAAAACUCCAGUGAAUCCUUGGGGUGCAGCUUGGAGCCUGUAGGGCGGCUCCAUAUCUUCAGCGGUGCCCAUGGACCAGAAAAAGAUUUUCCACUAUACAUCGGUAAGAAUAUGAUAGGCCGAAUGCCUGACUGUUCUGUGGCCCUGCCCUUUCCAUCCAUCUCCAAACAACAUGCAGUGAUUGAAAUCUUGGCCUGGGACAAGGCACCUAUCCUCCGAGAUUGUGGGAGCCUCAAUGGUACUCAAAUCCUAAGGCCUCCUAAGGUUCUGAGCCCUGAGGUGAGUUAUCGUCUGAGGGACCAGGAAUUGAUUCUCUUUGCUGACUUGCCCUGCCAGUACCAUCGCUUGGAUGUGCCCCUGCCCUUUGUCUCUCGGGGUCCUCUAACUGUAGAGGAGACACCCAGGGUACAGGGAGGAACUCAACCCCAGAGGCUUCUGUUGGCUGAGGACUUGGAGGAGGAAGUAGAUUCUCUUUCUGAAAGAUGUGUGAUGAAAGAAUCAAGGACCACGUCCUCCCCUUUGUCAACAGUAGUUCCAGAGAGUGAUGAAGAGGGGCUUUCCCAUGCCCUGGGUGACCCUGGGCCACAUUGUACCUUCAACUUGGACAGUGACACAGAUGAGGAGGAAGGUCAGCAAUCAGCAACAGGGGAGGCCUCCUCCCCUGCCAGAAGACAUGCCACUGCAGAGGCACAGCAGCCUGCAGCUGAUGGAGUUGCAACCAAAGUCCAGUGUGAAAAGCAUCAGCCUUCAGUGAAAGAGAGGGACAAUGACACAAAAAUCAAGAGAGAUGCAGGAAAUGGGGUGGUUCCAGUUAGGAUGAUUCUGGAGAGGAGCCAGCCUCCUGGGGAGGACAGUGACACAGAUGGGGAUGAUGAGAGCAGGCCUCCUAGAAGGCCAGCUGAGGUCCAUUUGGAAAGGGCCCUGGCUUGUGACAUUAUUGAUAGUGACACUGAUAUGGAAGAAGAAGGAAUCCCAGCAACCCCAGCUGUAGUUCCUAUGAAGAGGAGGCAAAUACUCCAUGGAGUUGGUACAAGGGGUCCUGGAGCACCUGGCUUGGCAUAUCUGCGGGAGAGCCAGGCUGGCAGUGAUACAGAUGUGGAGGAGAGUGAGGCCCCACAGGCCAUCCCUCUGAAGAAAAGCCAGGCUUCCAUGGAGAUCAACAGCGAUACAGAUGAUGAGGAAGAAGUCUCAGCAGCACUUACUUUGGCACGUCUGAAAGAGAGCCGGGCUGUUGUAUGGAACAGAGACACGGAUGUGGAAGAGGACAGGGCCCAACCUGUGGUCCUUCUGGAGCAAAGCCAAACCACCAGUGGGAGAGACAGUGACACAGAUAUGGAAGAGGAAGGGCCCCCAGUGGAAAAAAGAGAAACCGUCCCUGCGAGUCACACAGACAAAGAUGGAGCCAUUGUUAUAGCACAUUCAGAAGAGAAGCAACCUGCUCCUGGGGACAGUGAUAUAGGGGUAGAAGCAGAUAAGAGUUCACCUGGGAUCCACCUGCAGAGAAGCCAAGCCUCCAGCACAGUGGACAUCAACACAGAAGGGGAGGAGGAUGUCCCACCAGGGCCAGCUAUUGUACAUCUGGAGAAGCAUCAGGUGUCUGUGGAGGGGAGAUAUCAAACAGAUGUGGAAGCAGAGAGGGGGCCAGCAAAGCUGCCUGCAGUGCCUCUAGAGGAAGGCCAGCCUCCUCUGGAUGGGGACUAUGAGACAGAUAUAGAGGAGGGCAUGUCCUUAGCAGCCUCAGCAGCGACAGAUGUAAGAAAGAGCCAGCUUUCAGCGGAAGGGGAUGCUGGGACAGAGCGGGCUGCAGCUGUUCUUGAGAGGGAGAGAGCUCUUGAGGUGGGGACCCAGGGUGGAUCACCUGUGGCACAAGUGGAGCAGGACCUUCUCCCUAUCUCAAGGGAGAAUCUCACAGAUCUGGUGGUGGACACAGGCUCUCCAGAGGAACCCAUCCAGCCACAGAGAGAGGGAGCCCAGACCCCCACAGGGAGAGAGAGAGAACCACAUGUAAACAUGACCAAGGACUCUGAAGAUAACCAAGAUGAUUCUGAAGAUCUGGCCCUGCAAGCUACCCAGUGCUUUGUGGAGAGAGAGAAUGAGAGCCUGGAAGCAGUCCAGAGCAUGGAGGAGGAACCCACCCAGGCCUUCCUGAUUACUCUCCCCCCAGAACCUGGCCCUUCCCAUUGCAGCUUCCAGGCCCCAGGUGCCCUAGAUGAGCCAUGGGAGGUCUUGGCUACACAGCCAUUCUGCCUGAGAGAGUCUGAAGCCUCUGAGACCCAGCCUAUUGCCACCUACCUCGAGGCACAUGGGUCUUGCCUGUCUCCACCUAGGGCAACACCACAAGACCAACAUCCAGAGCGCCCAGUUCACACAGAGCCACUGGGGAUUCAAGGCAGAGGGAUGCAGACUGUGGAUAAAGGCAUGGGUAUACCAAAAGAAAUGGCCGAGAGGGGGACCCCUGAGAGAGGACCAUUGGAGAGGGAAACCAAGAAACUGCCUCCAAGGAGAGAGAGAGAUGUGAUGGGAGUGGAAGAAUUAACCAGGAAGAUACAGGACAGAGAACAAAAACAGCUGUUAGCUAGAGACACUCAGAGACAAGAGUCUGACAAAAAGGGGGAAAGUAUGAGUCCUGAAAUGGAUAGAGACAGUUUGAAGGUAGAAGUUGAGUCAUCUAAGGAAAUCCAGGAGAAAGAAAUAGAGAAGCAGACCCUUAUAAGAGGAAUAUUUGAGAGAGUAGAGAGCUCAGUACCAGAGGGAGAGUGUGAGCCAGCUGGACCGGAAGUGAGGGGCCCCACAGUGAUGCCGGACAGAGGCACACAGGGAGGGAGCCCAGAGGGAGGGAACCAGGACCAAAAAGAGCAGGCCCCCUGCCCAAUACCAGAGCCUGGAGUGGGGACAGGGGACCUUCAGGGACCUACUUCAGCCUCAGUAGCUUCUGGGAGGCAGUCAAGUGGAGAAAGGGGAGCCCAAGUGGGCCCCAAGAGGCAACGAAAAGGCAAACUGAAUUCUAUGAUGCCACCUGCUGAGAAGGCUUCCAGAGAAGAUCAGGAAUCCCCAGAUGCUUAUCUGCCUCCUACAGUGCCUGAAGCUUCAACUCCACCCCAAGGCCCCCUUCUCUCCCAGAGCCAAAGACAUUUUGCACCUCAGUCCCUUCUUUCUCCUGUCCUGCGUUCUCUCGAGCCACCCAUUCCUAAAACCAGGCAAAAUGGAAGUCAGGAAGCUUCAGAGACUCCCUUGUCCUCAGAGUUGGAAUGUUUCUACCCAAAGCCUAAAGUCAGACACCAGGGGUCUUCCAGGAUGACACCCUCUCCAGUUUCCUCUACUACCCCUGAGCCCCACCCUACCACCCCCACAGCCCAGCCUGUCACCCCUGAGCCCACAUCUUGUGCCACUCGGGGCAGGACAAAUAGAUCCUCUCUCAAGACCCCUGACCCAAUUGUCUCUAUAGCUCCUGAGCUCCAGCCUUCCACUCCCACAGCCCAGCCUGUCACACCAAAACCCAUAUCUCGGGCCACUCAGGGCAGGACAAAUAGGUCCUCUGUCAAGACCCCCAAACCAGUUGUCCCAAAAGCCCUUGAGCUUCAGCCUUCCACCUCCACAUACCAGCCUGUCACCCCCAGGGCCACUCAGGGCAGGACAAAUAGGUCCUCUGUCAAGACCCCUGACUCAAUUGACCCCACAGCCCCUGAGCUUCAGCCUUCCACCUCCACAGCCCAGCCUGUCAACCCCAAGCCCACAUCUCGGGCCACUCGGGGCAGGACAAAUAGGUCCUCUGUCAAGACCCCUAACCCAGUUGUCCCCAAAGCCCCUGAGCUGCAGCCUUCCACCUCCACAGGCCAGCCUGCUACCCCCAAGCCCACAUCUCAGGCCACUCGUGGCAGGACAAAUAGGUCCUCUGUCAAAACCCCUGAUCCAAUUGUCCCCACAGCCCCUGAGCUCCAGGCUUCCCCUUUCACAGGCCAACCUGUCACCCCAAAGCCCACAUCUCGGGCCACUAGGAGCAGAACAAAUAUGUCCUCUGUUAAGGUUCCUGAACCAGUUGUCCCCACAGCCCCAGAGCUGCAUCCUUCCACUUCCACAGCCCAGCCUGUCACCCUCGAGCCCACAUUUCAAGCUACUCGGGGCAGGACAAAUAGGUCCUCUUUCAAGACCCCUGACCCAAUUGUCCCCACAACCCCUGAGCUCCAGCCUUCCACCUCCAUAGCCCAACCCGUCACCCCAAAGCCCACAUCUCGGGCCACUAGGGGCAGGACAAAUAUGUCCUCUGUUAAGGUUCCUGAACCAGUUGUCCCCACAGCCCCUGAGCUCCAGCCUUCCACUUCCACAGCCCAGCCUGUCACCCCAAAGCCCACAUCUCGGGCCACUCGGGGCAGAAAUCAUAGGUCCUCUGUCAAGACUUCCAAACCAGUUGAACCCACAACCUCUGAUCUUGAGCCUCCUACUCCCACAGACCAACCUGUCACCCCUGAGGCCAUAGCUCAGGGUGGUCAGAGCAGGACACCAAAGUCUUCCACAAUAAGUGUUGUGCCAGUUCCCACCACCCCUGAAUUCGAGUCUCCUAUCACCACAGAAAAGCCUGUUUACCCUGAGCCUAUUCCUCAAGCCAGUUGCAGCAGGAGACAGAGAGCUGCUGGGAAGCAUGGUUCCCUCACAGCUCCCGUUGUCCACAAGACUUGCUCUGCAUCCCCUGAACCUAAAUCCCAAUCCUUAAGGAACCAAAGACAGGGAACAGUGAGAGCAGCUGAGUCCAUUACAACCAUUCCUGAGCCUACCUUUCCCCAGCUGCUUGAGGCAUCCCAGAUCGAAAAGGUGGAGGCAGCAGAUAGAUCUGGGAUCACCUCAGAGCCCCAGCAUAAGGCCUCUCAAAGCCGCAAGAGGCCUUUAACUACCAUGGCUUCACCCCCACUUCCAAAACGGUCCCAAAGAGGGCAAGUCUUCCAGAAGACUACAUUCCUCAAGGAAGAGGAAGAAGAUACCGCAGAGAGGACAGGAAAAGAAGAGGACGUAGUGAUUCCAGCACCAGGCAAGAGAAAGAGAGACCAGGCAGAGGAGGAGCCCAAGGGAAUACCAAGCCGCAGCCUCCGACGGACUAAACCUAACCAAGAAUCACCAGUCCCCAAAGUGCUCUUCACAGGAGUGGUGGAUGCUCGAGGAGAGCGGGCAGUGCUGGCACUGGGGGGAAGUCUGGCCAGCUCAGUGGCAGAGGCUUCCCACCUGGUCACUGAUCGAAUCCGCCGGACAGUCAAGUUCCUGUGUGCCCUGGGGCGAGGGAUCCCCAUCCUCUCGCUGGACUGGCUGCAUCAGUCCCGCAAGGCUGGUUGUUUCUUGCCCCCGGAUGAAUAUGUGGUGAUUGAUCCUGAACAGGAGAAGAACUUUGGCUUCAGCCUUCAAGAUGCUCUGGGUCGGGCUCGGGGACGAAGGCUGCUGGAGGGCUAUGAGAUUCAUGUGACCCCUGGAGUCCAGCCACCCCCCCCUCAGAUGGGAGAGAUCAUCAGCUGCUGUGGAGGCACUGUCCUCCCCAACAUGCCCCGGUCCUAUAAGCCUCAGAGAGUUGUGAUCACAUGCCCCCAGGACUUCCCCCGAUGCUCCAUUCCAUUGCGGGUUGGGCUGCCCCUCCUCUCACCUGAGUUCCUGCUGACAGGUGUGCUGAAGCAGGAAGCCAAGCCAGAGGCCUUUGUCCUCUCUACUUUGGAAAUGUCAUCCACCUGAAAACUCCAGUACCCUAUUCUCUCCCAGACCAAUGAAUAAAGUAUUAUAAAAUAUUUGGAAGAAAAAAUGGGCUUUAGAAAAGAUUGGGAUAUAUUAGUGUGACUCUAGGGAAUAUGGGUGGGACCAGAAAGGUUUAUAGGUAAACAGAAAGAGAGAUUGGGAGCCACAGAUUUUUUUUAAGUGGACAUUUUAAAAUUGGCUAAUCCCAUGCUCAGAUAUCUUAAGUAGCUGUUCAUCUUUAGCCAGAUUGAUGUAGUUAUUGCUCCAUGUCACUCAGAGUUUCCUGCCUCCUAUUUGGAAACCACCUCUCUUUUUCUUACUGGGAUUCUUACUCUUUCUCGAAAGAUAGUGGAAACAACUUUGGGGUCAGGAACUUGAAGAGAUGCUUGGAGUGAGUAGAUUUGAAGGUAGAGUUAGAGAAUGCUAUUAAAACAUUUUCUUCUUUUCUGGCCUCUAGAAGCAUCCUUUAGCUUUGAUUUUGAGCAAGUCUCUGUACUUUUCUGGCCUGCUUUUCUAGUAUUUAUAAAAUUAGAGCUUAGGCUUGACCUCUGCGAUAAAUAAAUAUUCACUCUGUGCCUUA